AUGCGCAUCAAGAUCCUCAGCCUUGCCGCCCUCGGGCUGGCAGGCUUUGUCCAUGGCCAGAAACGGAACGAUGGCACCACAUCUACAGACCUCUCCCAGCCGCCGGAUGCCAACAUCGAUGCAACGAUUGACCCGCCGAGUGAUAUAACGUUGGGAUUGAUGUCGUCAGUUAGGUUUACAAUAAGAAGUUCAAGUAUACAAAUGCUUUCUAUGUUGCUAUGUCAAUCGUCCGAUGACAUUCAGGAUAAGAGCAGACGAGACAUAAGAGCCCUGAACACCAAUGAUAUCUGCGUCAGUACCGAUGAUCGGGGAGGGAAAGGCCCAGGCACAGCAUGUCCUGGAGCCUCUGUCCUGGCGAACGCUUUCACGACCGUGGAGUUUACCAUCACCAACCGAUCAAUGCUUGUCGCCCCUUCCGACUCCGUCUACUACUUCUUUUGCUUAGCCCCCGUAGGGGGUGCUUGUGGCUCUUUCAGUCAGCCGUUUAAUAUCAACCAGCUAUCCUCCUUUCCGUUACCACAAUUGCGAGGAGUCUUUCCUGAGUUACCCAUAACUCCUAGUUACGAUAAACCACUGCCUUUCACGCUUCCAACGACAACGACGAUGUCGUUCCCGCCGACCACAACACAGGCUUUUUCAUCCCAUAUUAUUGGAACUACGAUUGGUGCUACUGUUACGGCCGCCCCAAACUCUCCAGCAGCAACCGGAGGGGUAGCCACAGGAGGCCAGAGCUCGGAUGGAUCCUCUAAUAAUAAGGGUGGCCUCAGUGUCGGUGCCAAAGUCGGAAUUGCCGUUGGUGCUGUCGCUGUCGUUCUUAUCCUCCUCAUUUUGGCCCUGCUCUUCCUCCGCCGCAAGCACCGUCAACGAGGCGCCCCAGAGCAGGUGAUGCUUAACCAGAGCUUGAAUACGGACUCACGAGAUCUUAUCACCGAGAAAGAGAUAUCAGCCGGGUCAUUCGAUGCUCCUGUUGCCGCCUUUAGCAAUUCAUCUCCCACUUCCCACGUCCGACAUCCGUCACUUUCCCCCUACGAAACGGCCCCAUCCCGACCAUACUCUGGGUCAGCAGCAGCUAUACCUCGACGAUCGCCAACCACCAACGUGUUUUCAGAUGCUGUAACAGGCGCUUCCGCAGCCGCAGUCGGGGUGGCAGCAGCACCAACAACCACCGUCUCACGGGAAGUUAGCAAUGCCUCUUCCGCAAUAAUAAGUCCCCGGUCAACAGCAGCAAGUCCUACCGGGAACCCCCAUUUUGAGGAAUACCACGAUGUACCAGUAUACGGAGAUGCGCGACAUUCACCACAAGUACAUGCCGGGGCAAGUGGAUCGCAACAAGCACAGCAUCUAAGCGAGAGUGGCGACCAUUCAAAUUAUAGUACUCUAAGUGCGGAUGAGGCGGCGAGGUUAAGAGAGGAGGAGGAAGAGAGAAAAAUAGACGCUGCGAUCGCGGAAGCGGAUCGCGUGAAAGCCUCCGGCCAACAUGGCAGGUUAUAG